AACAGCAGAGGCAAACUUUCAGUCUGCUUUAACCUGAAACUUGAAUCUUGGUGGAAGAGGGAUUUUAGCUGUAGGAAGUAGUAACUGGAGGCACAUUAGGGGUCCUCUAUUCAGUAGUCAAUAAAUCAACGACUUUAUAAGCAGUGGAAGUUUUUGCAUCUGGAAAGCUCUCCCGAGCUAUACUCUUCAGUGCCAAAAUUGGUCUGUAAAAGCAUUCCAUUUUGUGAAACCCAGCCCUACUGCACUUGAAAAGUACAGCAAGUAUAGAAGUAUAACAACUCACCGGUACUUUUAAUUGAUCUGGUAUUUCUACAAGGUGCCACCCUUUUCCACACCUCCUACCUCCUCCUGAGGUGACUCAGCCUCUGAAGGAGAAGCCUCUUGACUUUUCAGACAGCUGGAUGGGGAACAACAGUUCCGCUCUCUGUUUGCUUUGAUUGUACCUCACUUCCAGAUAUCUCCAGGUUGACUUACGACACUGAGCCACACUAGGACACUAACUUCUACCAUACCUAGAUUCCCACAGAAGGACACCCCACUGAACAAAAUGUCAGCUUUCAGCGUAAGGAAACAGUCUCCUCAUCAAAGCGAUAAUAAGAGCCCCUCUGUUGCAAUUAAAAGCAGACAACAGGCUACUCAUGAUAUUAAUAAACGACGGACCCUUUUGCAAGAUAACAGCUGGAUAAAGAAGAGGCCUGAAGAGGAAAGUGCUGAUGAAAACUAUGGAAGGGCUGUGCUUAAUCAGUACAAAUCCCAAGACAGCCUACACAGCAGUAGCACAAAUGAAAAGGAAGAUCAGAAAGCUGUACUUGGGCGAUACAGGUCUGAUACUACCUUGGACAGAAUUCCAGCCAGAAGUGAUAUUGAUAAAAUAAAUAAGUCCCCAACUCUGAAUAAUAAGCAAAGCAACAGACAGUCUUGGACUCCUAAUGCAGCAUCCACAGACACUGCUGCAACUUCUCCAAUCAAGAAAAAAAGGCAAUCUUGGAUGCCUCCCCCGGUUUCGAGUAGUAAGACCACAACAGAAACUAAACAGUAA